AUGGCGACCACAUGGAGAGAAACCGAAACCCUCGAUUUUUUGGACGUUUUGUCGGAAAUAACAAGAGAUCAAGUUGGUAAGUGACUUAAAAACAUCAGCCAAGCUCCUUUACUAUGCAAUAGCGUAUGUAUUUCAGCUAUUUACAUCAUUAAUAAGCCUUAGUUUAUAUAUUAUAAUAUUAUUUUAUAUGUGUACAGGUAUAGUCUAUGGUUAUGGUUAAUAUUGUAGUUGUGUAUUACAGUAUGGUUAAUAUUGUAGUUGUAUAAUCAGGGAUGGAUUUACUGGGGGGUGCUAUUUUUCAUAAUAAAGCAGAACAAAUAUUAAAGACAAAAUGAAAUACACUAAUUUGAGUAGUAAUAUGAUAAUAGUAACAUGGAGGCUAUUUUUAACUAGAUUGCCAGAAGCCCGGAAUACUGAUUAUACCGUUGUUGUAUGUUGAUAGGCGGACGGUGCACAUGACCAACACCACUCGAUACCAGGGCUGGCAGAGCACCCCCCCCCCCUACCAAAUCAUGCCGGAUCCAUCCCUGAUUAUAAUACUUAGUUGAGACAAUUAUCACUCAUGUUCGUUUGCAUAACCCUUUCCUUUUGAAUGGAGAAGUAAUUAUUCAUCUUGUCGCUCUUUCCUUUUUUUGCCCUAAAGACAGGGAAGAAGUAGACAGUGGAAAUAUUGUAGAUGAGCAAACUCAGCAAAGUUCAGAUAGUCCUGAAAUUAGUGAAGAUGAUAGUGCGGCUAAUGACCCAGAUUAUAUAUGUGAGCCAGACCAGCUGCCUGAACCUGAUGAUUUGAGUGAUGAUCUUCCAUCCGUAACGGAACUUACUGAGCUAACACAUCAACCACACAAUCUUAUCAGUGGAGAUAAUCAAGAUGAUAGUGUAGAUGAUCCUGCUGUAAGCAUAUUUAAAUUCUAGACAUGUGGCGGUAUUUUGCAGCAUUUAACAACAUGAGGAACUGAAACUUACCUGACUGUCAUAUUAUUUUUAGGCUGUAAAUAAAAAACCUUCAAAAAGGCAGAAAGUGUCAAAGCCUGACACAUGGCAGCAAAAUCUUCCAAAAGCUCAACGUCUAAAGGGUAAAUCCUACACUAACCUUCAAGGUAAAGAGCAGAAAGAAAGGGUGAUUGGUCCACCAUGUUCAUCAGGAUGCUGUCAAAAGUCAUCCUUGCGCCACUGUCAGUCUUUCACUGAGGAGCAAAGACUUUGGAUUUUCAACAAAUUUUGGUCGAUGAACACAUGGGCAAAACGACGGUUGUACAUACAGACGCUUGUUGAAAAGGUAAUCAAUUUCGGAAUGGUUGAACAAAGUUAUCUUGACUAUUAAUUUGUUAUUUCAAUGCUAUUAAAAAAUAAUUAACCGGAUGAAUUAUUAAUUUCUUUAAUUAUUCACUGAAAGUGAGGUGAUUAUCGGUGAAUAAAAACCGAGACAAAGUUAAGGUUUUUAUUCAUGAUAAUCACCUUGCUAUGGGUGCACCGGAAACUGGUUCCGGCCGGUUAGUUCCUGUUCCUGCCGUAACUGAAAGAUUAGUUUUGGUGCACCGCUACACUUCGCCUUCGGCGAAUAAUUGUUUUAGUUAUAAUUAUAGGUGAUUAUUUGAAAAAAAAACAAACAAAUUAAUACACAUUUCUUUGUCAUUUAAUUCACAAAACGGCUUCGGCCGCCAUUUUAAAAAUUGCUUAGGUGAUUAUCGCGUUAUAAUCACCUGAGCAGCAACCAAUCAGCAUGCAGAAUUUUCAAUAAUCACCUAUGUAAUUAUACUUAUUCAGGUUAAUGUAAAGCAAAGAAAGGCUGAACAUGCAGGCCCAUCUCGUAGAAGUUCUUCCUUUCAGUACAAAUUGAAGCUUUCAGAUGGAAGUGCAAAGUUGGUCUGUAAAAGGUUCUUUGCGUCAACAUUUGGGAUGCCAGCACGCACAAUUGCUUCCUGGUUGAAGGAACCUACUCAACCAUUGAAAAAAAAGAGCCCCAAAAGUGGUGAGUAUAUAUGUACAGUAUGUGCAUGUAGAUUACGCUUAACCCAUUAAGCUGCAGAGCUUCCACUUUGACGAGUAAAAUCGUCUGGCGUUGGACAAGUAAAAAAAUAAGUAGGGCGCAUUGAGGCUCAAUGGGUUAAUGUGAAAGUUACUCAACCAGUUCUGUUGUUCUUUAAUGAAGGUAAAACAGUCCCCAUUGCUGAGUCCGACCAAACCUUUUUGAAUGAGUGGUUAGGGAAACUGCCAACUGUUCCCUCUCAUUAUUGUCGUAACACUCCCUCGUAUCAAAACAAGAAAUUCCUCGAACCAGACGUCACUAUUAGUGGUCUUCACACUGAGUACAAGAAGGCUGCAGCCGCUGCUGGGAAACGAGUAAUCAAUGUUAAAACAUUCAACGAAACAUUUCACAACUUAAAUUACUCAGUGUUUAGACCAAGGAAGGACCAAUGUGACACUUGUGUUGGUGCAAAGUACGGAAAUCGGAGUGAAGCAGAUUAUUUGGCGCACAUCAAGAAUAAAGAUGCAGCCAGAGCUGAGAAGACGAAGGACAAAGAAAAUGCCAGUACAAAGAAAUCAGUGUGGACGUUGGACACCCAAGCUGUUCUGAUAUGUCCCAAGGCGAAUGCCAGCGCCCUUUACUAUAAAACCAAGCUGCAGGUCCAUAACCUCAGUUUCUAUAACCUGCAGAGUCAUGAAGGUUAUUGUUAUGUGUGGGAUGAGACGGAGGGUAACCUUAGCGCUGAAAUGUUUACCCACAUACAGUACCAGCACUUUGACGACUUCCUUGCUACACAUUCUGAAAUUAAGGAACUAACUGUCUGGAGUGAUGGUUGUUGCUACCAAAACCGGAAUGUUACACUGGGUAAUGCAUACCUGGAUCUGGCCAGGAAACGUGGUGUCAAAAUCAUUCAGAAGUUCCUGGUGGUGGGACAUACGCAAAUGGAAGUUGACAGUAUGCACGCCGUGAUUGAAAGGAAGAUACCAGCUAAUGUCUACACCCCUCGUGAUUACAUGGUCAUCAUGGAAUGUGCUAGAAGCAGACCAUCACCGUAUGUUGUUAAGUCUGUCCACCACAAUGACGUGUUGCAAUUAGAUGGUAGUUACUUUGGAAGCAUCAGGCCUGGCAAGAAAACGGGCGACCCUACAGUGAAUCAGCUUCGAGCAAUUGAAUACAACCCCGAUGCUACAAUAAGAGCCAAAUUGAGCUUUUCUGAUGAUUCGGAAUGGAUCGAUUUACCACAACGGAUCCACAUUCCAGAUGUACCACUAACCUGGAUCCCUGUGUUUCAGUCUCGGAUUCCAAUAUCAUCGAGGAAGUACAAUGACCUUCAAUCCAUGAAGUGUGUGUUGCCUCAAUGGGCACAUGAUUUCUAUAACAUGUUGCCACAUAUCUAACAACCAAAUUAACUCCACAUGUCUUGAAAAAAAACGUUUAGUUACAUUUAUAAAACAUUGCAAAACUGCCUAUGUCACAUCAUUUGGGUAGUAUAAAUGCCUAAGUCAGGUUUAACACACAUUAACACUACACUGGAACUUUUACAGUGUUUCACAUUUUCUGCUUUUCUUUUUGUUAUACAUGUUUAGAAGAACUAUAAUAAAAUAGCAACUUUCGAAUGUUUCC